AUGAAAAUACAAUUAAGAGCUUUUGGUCUCCGAACUUCACAUGCAGACGUUUUUGUAAAAAAAUGCAACAUAUGCAACAGAAGCUUACAACAACAGGGUCACGUUUAUAGUCACCAUUUAUGGUCUGGGAACAUAACAAACACCUUCGUAACAAAAGAAGAGAAAGUUACCUGUGUUAACAUCAUGGUGACCUACUGCGUUCCUGGUGGCCAAGACUUCAGACGAAUUUAUGUGAAAGUUCAUGGUUACAUUGCACUUAUUAUUUGUCUACUUGGCUCCGCUGCGAACUCCGUCAACAUUGCUGUAUUAAGCCGCAAAGAGAUGGUUUCAUCAACUAACUCUAUCCUUACUGCUCUAGCUGUGGCUGAUCUCUUAGUCAUGCUCGAUUACAUUCCUUUAGCGCUACAUAUCUAUACAAAUAUAGGAUCAGAAUUACAUCGAAAUUCUUAUGGCUGGGCAGUAUUUGUCUAUUUUCAUUCGAUUUUCAGUCAAACUUUCCAUACAGUUUCCAUCUGGCUAACAAUCACACUUGCCGUAUGGCGAUUUAUCGCUAUCAGGUUUCCACAGAAGAAUAAAAUUCUCUGUAGUAAACAAAAUACGAACAUUGCUAUAGCUGUGGCGUAUGUCGUGUGUCCAAUAAUGUGUCUUCCUAUUUAUUUUGCUAUGAAUAUACAAGAAAUCUCUGAUACUGGAGGUGACAAUAGAAAUAAAACACUUGACGUAGGUGAGAUAACAAAUAUGUCACAGAGCUAUGAUCCCAAAUACGCAAUAUCCAUGACCAGUAACGAGAAUUUAUUGACAGCAAUAUUUUGGAUUUACAGUGUUUUCCUAAAACUUAUCCCCUGUAUUGUGUUAUCAAUUUUAAGUGUGUGUCUUAUUUUAAAAAUGAAAUCCAGUGAUCGAAGAAGGCAAAAGCUUCUGAAAAAGUCAACAAUCUCAACAAAUGAGGGCGAGAAAAUGCGACAUAAUGAAGACUCUGGAGGAAAAAGAGGUGGUGGUGGCGGCGGUGGGAGGACAGAUCGAACCACACGGAUGUUGGUUGCACUGCUGGGCUUGUUUCUAGCUACGGAGUUGCCACAAGCAUUGUUUGGGCUUCUGACUGCUAUAGCGCCUCACCUAUUUCAGGAAUGCUACUAUGCCUUUGGUGAGGUGAUGGACUUAAUGGCGCUAGUGGGAUCCGCUGUCAACUUCGUAUUGUACUGUAGUAUGAGUCAACAGUUUCGCAAUACUUUUAGAAGGCUAGGCCAGAAGUUACUGCCUUUGGGACGACAAAGUUCAGAAUUUGGCGUAGUUAGAAAAACGUAG